AUGACCAACCACACCUCUGUGACUGAAUUCUGUCUCCUGGGACUUUCUGACAUCCGCAAGCUGCAGAUCUUGCACUUUCUUGUGUUCCUGUUUGCUUACGUAGCCUCCUUCAUGGGGAAUUUCCUCAUCAUUGUCCUCGUGACCCUCGACCAUCACCUCCACAGCCCCAUGUACUUCUUCCUCAAGAACAUGUCAUUCUUAGACCUCUGCUACAUCUCCGCCACCGUCCUCAAAUCCAUGGUGAAUGCCAUCAUGCAGCGCCACUCCAUUUCUUUCCACGGCUGCUUCCUGCAGUUGUUUUUCUUCAUCAUGUUUGGGACAGCAGAGUUGGCCUUGCUGACAGUCAUGGCAUAUGACCGCUGCCUGGCCAUCUUCAGCCCCCUGAGAUACAGGACAGUCAUGAACACCAGAGCAUGUGUCCAGAUGGCUGCAGGGUCCUGGCUUAGUGGAGCACUCUAUUCAGUGUUGCACCCAUCACACAAUGUGCUGAGGAAGAAAAUGUUCAACCGAACCACUGUGACCGAGUUCCUUCUGCUGGCGUUUUCUGAUGUUAGGGAGCUGCAAAUUUUGCAUUUUGUGGUGUUUCUAAUGAUUUACCUGGCAGGCCUGAUGGGGAAACUUCUCACCAUCACAGCCAUAGCCUUCGACCAACAUCUUCACACUCCCUUGUACUUCUUCCUGGUGAAUCUGGUCAUCCUAGACCUUGGCUCCACCUCUGUCACCCUCCAAAACACAUGUCCAAUUCCCUCAUGA